UAAAGUAAAUAACCAAUAUGGCGUCGUACACAACUUAGAGUAUAUGUGAUUUUUUAAUUAUUGUUAUAACUUUUAGAACUAAAAUGGAACAAACGAAGAAAACAAAGGAAAUAAAGGAUACAACAGAGCUAGUGGCAGCGUUUCUAAAAGGCAAAGGCUUAGUAAAACAGCAUAUAGACUCUUACAAUUAUUUCAUUAAUAAAGAAAUAAAAAAUAUUGUGAAAGCAAACGAAAAGAUUUUGAGUGAUGAGGAUCCACAUUUUUAUGUAAAAUAUUUAAAUAUACAAGUCGGUUUACCUGAUGUUGAAGAUGGUUUCAAUGUAAUGCGAUCAACCACACCACAUGAAUGUCGUUUAAGAGAUUUAAAUUAUUCUGCUCCAAUUACUGUAGAUAUUGAAUAUAUAAGAAACAAUCAGCGGAUAAUAAGAAAAAACUUGUUAAUUGGAAGGAUGCCAAUAAUGUUGCGUAGUUCAAACUGCGUUUUAACUAACAAAUCACAUUUUGCUUUGGCCAAAUUGAAUGAAUGUCCAUAUGAUCCUGGUGGUUAUUUUAUUAUUAAUGGUCAAGAAAAAGUUAUAUUGAUACAAGAGCAAAUGGUUAGAAACAGAAUUAUUUUAGAAGAAGACAGCAAAGGUUCCAUUGUUGCAUUCUGCAACAGCUUUACUCAUGAGAGAAAAACUAAAACCAAUGUCGUUGGUAAAGCUGGAAAAUAUUACAUAAGGCACAAUAUGUUUCAAGAGGAUAUAUUGAUUACUAUCUUUUUCAAGGCUAUGGGAAUAAUAAGUGAUUUAGAGAUCAUGCAAAUGGUCGGAGCGGAAGAGAAAUAUUUGAACAAAUUUGCAGCCAGUUUAGAGGAAUGCCAAGAACUGGGCGUUUUCUCACAGAAUCAAGCAUUGAAAUAUCUCAACAAUAAACGGAGGCAGACGAGAUUUCACGUUGCAAAGACCAAUAUUAUCGAUGAGAUGAAAGAUUUAUUAGCUGCAAAUGUGUUGCCACACGCUCCUGUUGUCGAUUUUAAUUUCAGGCUCAAGAUGUUGUAUCUUGCUUUGAUGAUCAGAAGAGUUAUAAACGCACAGUCCGAUAAUAGUCUGAUCGACGACAAGGAUUAUUACGGCAAUAAACGUUUGGAGCUAGCCGGCUCCCUUCUUUCAUUGAUGUUUGAAGAUCUGUUCAAGAGAUUUAAUUGGGAACUCAAACAAAUUGCUGACAAAAAUAUCUUCAGAAUAAAAGCGGCGCCAUUCGACAUAGUCAAACACAUGAGACAAGAUCUAAUCACUAAUGGACUGGCUUUCGCCAUAUCGUCGGGUAACUGGACGAUCAAGAGAUUCAGGAUGGAGAAGCACGGCGUGACGCAGGUGCUGUCGCGACUCUCGUACAUCUCGGCGCUCGGCAUGAUGACGCGAGUCCAUUCUCAGUUUGAGAAGUCCAGGAAAGUUUCCGGUCCACGAUCGUUGCAAGGCUCGCAGUGGGGGAUGUUGUGUCCAAACGACACUCCCGAAGGAGAAUCCUGUGGUUUGAUGAAGAAUCUGGCAUUGAUGGCGCACAUCACCACGGAUGUGGCGGAGGAACCAAUAAUACGACUGGUGCUCAAUCUCGGCGUGGAGAAUAUCAAUAUCCUUGCUGGGGAAGAAAUAAGCCGCCGGGAUGUGUAUUUAGUCUUUGUGAACGGCAAUAUGGUGGGCAUUGUACAGAAUUACCAGAGACUGGUACGCCAAUUCAGACUGUUACGUAGAAAGGGUUACAUCAACAGUUUUGUGUCGAUAUACGUGCAACAUCGGCACAUGUGCAUUCAAAUCAGUUCCGACGGCGGAAGACUCUGCAGGCCGUGCAUCAUCGUGAAGAAUGGAAAGUCCCUCGUCGAACAGAAGCACAUAGAGAAUCUCGAGCGAAAUAUUACAUCAUUCGAAGACUUUCUUUAUGACGGUUUGAUCGAAUAUUUAGAUGUCAAUGAAGAAAAUGACAGCGUAAUCGCGUGCAAGGAAUCUGAAGUCAACACCAACACGACACAUUUGGAAAUCGAGGAGUUCACGUUGCUCGGGGUGUGCGCCGGAUUGGUACCGUAUCCGCAUCACAAUCAAAGUCCGCGGAACACUUAUCAGUGCGCUAUGGGUAAGCAGGCGAUGGGAGUCAUAGGAUACAAUCAACGUAACCGCAUCGACACAGUGAUGUACAAUUUGGUGUAUCCGCAAACGCCUAUAGUGAAAACGAAGACGAUAGAGUUAAUCAAUUACGAUAAAUUGCCGGCUGGCGAGAACGCGAUCGUGGCUGUGAUGUCGUACAGCGGGUAUGACAUCGAGGAUGCGCUUGUCUUGAACAAGGCUUCCAUUGACAGAGGCUACGGGCGGUGUCUGGUGUACCGAAAUUCCAAGUAUACCCUGAAGAAGUACCCGAAUCAAACGUACGACAGAAUUAUGGGGCCGUCGAUAGACGCCAAUACCAAGAAACCCAUAUGGAAGCAUGACAUUCUGGACAGCGACGGGAUUGCAGCACCCGGCGAAAUGGUAGAAAAUAAGAAAGUGAUGGUGAACAAAUCGGUGCCGACAUCUAGCGAAAAUAUCGGCCCGGUGAGUUCCGGCAAUGUUCAAACGCAGACAAGGUACAGUGACGCGGAGGCUCCGUACAAAGGUCUGGUUCCCUCGUACGUGGAGAAAGUUAUGAUAUCCAGUAACGCGGAGGAUGCUUUCUUGGUGAAACUGUUACUGAGGCAAACUCGAAGACCUGAGAUUGGUGAUAAAUUUAGCAGUCGCCAUGGGCAGAAGGGUGUCAUAGGUUUAAUCGCAGAACAAGAAGACAUGCCAUUUAACGAUUAUGGUAUAUCUCCUGACGUGAUUAUGAACCCGCACGGUUUCCCCUCUAGAAUGACAGUUGGAAAAUUAAUAGAGCUACUGGCAGGCAAAGCGGGCGUUGUAAACGGGAAAUUCCAUUAUGGAACAGCUUUUGGCGGCUCCAAAGUGGAAGAUGUCUGUGAAGAAUUAACGAAAUAUGGUUAUAAUUACUUGGGUAAAGAUUUCUUUUACAACGGGAUGACAGGAGAGCCGUUGCUAGCGUACAUCUAUUCGGGCCCGGUGUACUAUCAGAAACUGAAACAUAUGGUACAAGACAAGAUGCAUGCUCGUGCUAGAGGACCAAGAGUGGUUCUAACUCGUCAGCCAACAGAAGGACGUUCGAGAGAAGGCGGUUUACGUUUGGGCGAAAUGGAGCGCGAUUGUUUGAUCGGUUACGGAGCCAGUAUGCUGUUGGUGGAAAGACUCAUGAUAUCAAGUGACGCUUUUAAAGUAGAUGUUUGCAACAAGUGCGGUCUGAUAGGAUACAACGGUUGGUGCAAGAGGUGCAGUUCUAGUUCCUUCGUUUCUACGAUUACGAUGCCUUACGCUUGUAAAUUAUUAUUCCAAGAACUACAAUCCAUGAAUGUAGUGCCACGUUUAUCAUUAAAAGACUAUUGUGAUUGAUUUUUUGCUAUUUUGUUAUCACUUUGUGCCAUUAAAACUUUAACAGUUCGCUGCUUCGGUAAUUUUACAACAAUUUCAAAUGUAAAAGUUUAACUUCAUGCAAGUUUAUUUCAAUAUACAUACAUCAAACAGA